CUGAACAACACCUGAUCCAAAACGUUGAUGUAACAGUGAUGUAUAUGAAAAAGCCUGUAAUCACUGGGAAUAUGAUUGUUAAGGAGGGAGAUGCUCUGGAUCUGACCUGCAGUGUUGAAAGUUUCCCUCUAUCUCAUAUCACGUGGACUGUUCUUGGUUCCAACACACACCUGCGUAAUGGACCUGAGACUGGCCUGCAGAACGACACUGGAUCAGCCACACUUGUCAUUCAUAAUGUGACUGUAGAACAUUCUGGACAGUACAUCUGUACAGCAAAACACCUGGACACGACUCUGACUGUAAAUGCUGAUAUAACUGUGACUUUGUUUCCAAAGAUCCUGAACAGCUCUGGAUGCAGAAAUCAGUCAGAGGUUCUGACCUGUAUGUGUAUCAGUGAGGGGUUUCCUUUACCCACCAUUAAAUGGCCGCUGUUGAAGGACCACACUGAAUACUCUGUUAUUACCACUGUGUCCAAACACACAGUCAACAGCACCAUCACCCUAAAAGCAAAUGACCACAACAGCACUGUUGUUCAGUGUGUCAGCAGCAAUGAGGCAAGCAGGGAGGCAAAAGAGAACUUCACCAUCCGAAUAAACGCAUCCGAACAAGAGGCAGCCCUUUGCUCUUUGGCAAAGAAAUGCCAAAGAAAAAGCACCCCUGAUCUUGAUGGUGGAGCAAAAGAUGUGGAGUACGCCAGCAUCAAUUUCUCUGUGUUGAAAAGAAAGAGUCCCAGGGAGGCAACAAAGAAGCAAGAGACCACCGAGACAGAAUACGCUGAAAUUAAGAAGCAAGUAAAAGAGGACAGCAAAGACGACAACAGAGAGGAAGGUGAAGUAUUUGAGGACAAAGAGGAGGAGGCGAUGAUAGUGGAGGAUGAGGAGUCAAAACAUUGUGUCUCAGAAGACGAGGACGUGGCGGUGUACUCCAACGUGAAGGAUAUAAUGGGUGAGAUUUAAAGACUGUUGGAUUGUGGAGUAAUGUUUCUUUGCUCUCAUUAAAUGUGACGGAUUGGACUGAUGGAUUGUUAUUCUGGUGAAUGAAUGGCAGUCUUGUGAACUGUUUCUACCACAAGCUGUGAUCUUCGAAUGCUAAAUUCAGUCUGUGAGAAUCUGAAGUGAGAGAGAGACUUCACACUGUCUACAUGUUAGGGGCUGUUCAAAUUUAUUCAUUCAACUGAGGGUGGACUGAAAGUUGGACAGAAUUUCCAUUUUAUUCAAAUGUUAUUUUGCUUCUAUGUGUUCACUUUUCAUAAACCUUCCAAAUAAAUGUACCCAAAUCCAUGAAAAGGCUGACAGUGGUGUGCAAAAGGAGGGUCGAGAGGGGCAACCUCCUCUGUCCUCUCUGCUCUGAGAGGUGAUGUGUACUUUUGUGUUAUACAUUUUUUAUUUAAGCUGAAGAAACAAGUAUGUGCUCUUGUGAAGUGGUGGUCUGUUGUGGGUAAUAAAUGUCAUCCACCACUUUGUUCCAGACUCAAAUAUAAACUAUUUGACAACAUAUAAAAUAUCUGUUUCCCAGAUAAUUACUGAGGACUUUGCUGAUAUUAUUAAAAUAUUAUUAUAAUAGCUUUAUUGAUCCCGUAACUUUUUAUCUUGCACCAUCAGAUCAAAAUUUGUAUUUGUCCAACACUUUAUGACCAAAUUCGUCCAAAAUAAAUAAGCUGUAUUUUGUGUUUAGUGUCAAUAUUAGCAGGCUAACUAAACUAAGAUUGUGAACAUAGAACAUUUCACACGGUAAACAUCGGCAUGCCAUUGUGAGCAUGUUAGCAGGCUGAUGUUAGCAUUUAGCCUAUAGCACAGCUGUAGUUUCCCUGAGAGGGUGGCUGUAUGAUUUGUCUUGUUUCUGUUUUCAGUCUGCAGCAAACAAAUUCAACGGGUAGGUUGACACUUUUUUAACUUCUCAGUGCAAUUCUCAUAUGCGCAAAAGUACAGUGUUUGAGAUGGACGACAAUCUGCAACCUAAAAUGAAUUCCAAAAGUCAACCACAACUAGUAUGAGACAAUGACAUUUUGAACAAUAUUUGAUGUUAAGACAGAGUAUGAGACAAAGACAAAUCAAGUGUCCUGCAAGUUAGUUUCUGUAGCUCAAAAUUUUCUCCUAAUGUUUCCAGGGACAGUGUUUUCUUGCUGAUUAGCAGUUGCCUAACUCAGACAGCUGAAGCCGAAUAUUAGUGCCAAGUGAACUUUGGGAUGUAUCUUUUGACACAACAACGACUGUUAUCCCUCAUCUCUUAUAGUGAAAUUGAGUCACAGUGGGAUCCAGACAGAGACAGUAUGAACAGAAGGAACAAUUGUAUUAACCACUUUUGAUGUACAUUAGACUAGUGUGAAUUUAUAUAGGUAUUCAUUUUAUAUAUUAAAUCAAAAUGAAAUAACAAAUUAAAGAUCAGUAUGCCGUG